GCUUUUUGCAUGUUUUGCUCUGCAAAACUGGAGGAUUUAUAUAAUGUAACUAAUUGUUUAAUUUAAUCAUUAAAAGAAAAAUACAAAUCCACAGAUGGAGUAUUUUAUUCGAUGUUUUGUGGGCUGCUACGGCUAGCGUCCUCAGGGAACGUAGCGAGGGCAUAAAAAUCUUAGCUACGAUUGUGCUGGUUACGUUCCCGUCACGCAUCCCCAAGGAUGCCAGCCAGAGUAGCAGAUGAAGCGUCGAAUAAUUUACUCUAUCCAUAGACUUACUGAAAUAGAAGAACGAAUCAUGCGUGAAUAUCAAACCUUCUUUAUGAGGAAUUUUUGAAGAAUGAGUUGGUAUUCAUAAUCUCUUAUUUGUUUUUUUUUUUGUAAUGAAUAUUUAACAUUACAAAACACUGCAUACAAUUUUUCAUAGCUCUGUCAAAUCUACACGUUUUCUUGUUUUUUGUUUUUUUAAUUAUAUUUCAUUAAUAGCUUUUCUCAUUUCAUAUAAUACAUAAAUAAAUAAAUAAUAUUAGUUGAACACUUGAUCCAUAGAUUUUGAUCCUAAUUAACAAAAUAACAUAUUUGGACACUUGUUGAUUUUUUCGAAUGGUAACCGGGAAUCCGAAAGUUUAGUUGAAUAAAGACUAAAGAAACUACCUAUACCUCGAAAUCCAUUAAAUAGUUCUAAAUAUACGAUUAUCAUAACUAUGUUGGAAAUUUCCCGGUUGUCUUUCAAGUGUUAUCAUAACUUUUAUUACUUCAAUUUGCGAAUGGAUAUUUAAAAACGAUUAAUUUAUUUUAGAGUUUAGAUAAUUACAUUCUUAAUGUUAUUUAGGAGUCUAUUGCAGUACAUAGAUGAAGAGCUUAUGUUGAGGGGAACGUACAAAUUUCGUCAAAUGGACUCCUACGAACAACAGGCAACUUUACCAGUUCAAGACACCGAAACAAAUGUUCACGUGAAAUGUGAAGUUCAUACCAUUCCUUCUAGUCCAACUAGUGACAACAACACAUUCAACGGUUCUCCAAGACGACAUUCUUCAGUCGAUGAGUUGUAUGGUUUGGUCAAUUCGAUGAAUGUCAAUGGCCAAAGGCAACGCUCCCUUAGUGAUAGUGGUAGAAAUGAGAGGACCGUGAAUGGUACAGAGACUGAAAUAAAUCACGAAGGAAGCGCUCCUGAUUUAGUAGUUUGUCCUCCAGUUCCACCAACAAGAAAACAUAGAAGAAGACAUACCCCACCCCGCCCCCCUAGCAAUGGUUUACCUCCCACACCAAAAGUUCACAUGGGAGCAUGUUUUUCAAAGGUGUUUAAUGGCUGUCCCCUUCGCAUAUACUGCACUGCAUCCUGGAUUCAUCCUGAUACUCGCGAUCAACACAUUCUAAUAGGGGCGGAGGAAGGGAUUUACAAUUUAAAUUUGAACGAGUUACACGAGACGUGUAUUGACCAAUUAUACCCAAGAAGGACCAUUUGGAUGUAUGUCAUCAAAGAUGUACUCAUGACAUUAUCAGGGAAAACCCCACAUUUGUACAGACACGACCUGUUGGCGAUGCAAAGUAAACAAUCUCACAGGUUCAGUAUUCAUAUGAACCGGAUACCAGAAAAGCUUGUGCCGCGCAAAUUCGCUCUGACGACGCGCGUACCGGACACGCGCGGCACGCUCAAAUGCUGCGUGUCACGGAAUCCGUAUAACGGUUACAAAUAUCUUUGCGGCGCCACCUCGUCUGGCAUCUACCUCAUGCAAUGGUAUGACCCACUGAAUAAAUUCAUGUUGCUAAAGCAUGUAGAAUGCACUUUACCGAAUCCACUAAACGUUUUUGAAAUGAUAAUAACCCCAGAGCUGGAGUAUCCGGUGGUUUGCGUAUCUGUAAAGCAAGCAUAUCAACCUAACAGAUUCAAAUUGGAUUUGAUCAAUAUGAAUUCAGGUGCGAGUUGGUUCCAUUCGGACGAAUUGCAAGACAUGGAUGGUACGACUACUGUUAUACCAAAACGCGAAAAUUUAAACAUUGUCCAUGUGUCCCAACUAGAAAAAGAUUCAAUUCUCAUUUGUUACGACAACGUAGUCAAAAUUGUUACGCCGCAGGGUAAAGUGAAAAUUAGCAAAAAACAAGUGUUAGAAUUAAAAUUCGAAUUUCGAAUAAUGAGUGUUGUUUGUCUGCCGGAUAGUGUUCUGGCAUUCCAUAAGCAUGGCAUGCAGGGCCGGUCUUUUAAAAAUGGUGAUAUUACUCAAGAGAUUACAGAUCUUUCGAGAACUUACAAAUUAUUGGGGAGUGACAAAGUUGUAGUGUUAGAAAGUAAUCUUCUUCAUUCCGGAACGUUGACAGGGGAGGAGGGGCAUGAUCUUUACAUAUUAGCCGGUCACGAAGCGAGUUAUUAGGUUUACUAAAUUAAAUACAUACUUUAGGUGGAAUUGAUUUUUUUUCUUCUUAAGACGGUGGUUUUUAACAAUUCGGUAUAACUUCUUAUAAGCCACCCUAGUAAAAAAAUAAUAAUAACUAAUAACAAAAUUAAUUUUUAAAAUAUUGAGCAGUAUUUAUUUUAG